GCCUAGCACUGUGCGUGGCUAUUUAUCUUUUAUCAAACUUGACAGGACUCAAACCAUUUUUCGCUCGAAAAAAUAUGUGAUUUGGCGCCGGCUGUCGCGUUUAUUGCUCAUCGUGAAAUGGGCGACGACAAAAAGAAAGGGCAGGAUGUAGGAGAAGAGGCCGAGGAUGAACGGCUGGAAUUCUUACUCAAUUAUCUCACGAAGUCUUACAAACUCAAACAGGAAAGAUGGAAUAAGAUGAUUGCGAUUGAUGAAAAUCGGAAAAUGAUUUUAAAGUUCUUUGAAAACCCCUCUCAAAAAAUGCUCCUACUGACAAUACCGAGCACGGGACUUCUUACCCCGUUCACCUCGUUCAAUGCCCAAGUUAAGCAAAAGUUUACUUAUUUCAUAAGAAAAAAAGAAGAAGCUGUAACAAUGGAAAAUUUCCGAGAUGUACUCACGUUUGGAGACAUGUCCGGAAAACCUAUUGAAGAUUUAUCGGUGCUUGUAGAAGGAGUGUUUGUGCCGCUAAUGUCAAACACCGAUAAUCAAAAAGGUUGGCCUAGGGUGGUGGCUCAGGAUGUGGUCGCACACAUAAGAACUUUUAAGAAUACAGUCGAUCAGAUUAAGGGAGCAAUGAAAAGUCAAGUAAUCCUGCCGAUGCCGCAGGGCAUGUCGACGGUUUUCCAAGCGAUCCAAGCUUUUAUAGACACCGACGGCGAAGAAGUGAAUUUGCCGCUGAAAACGACAAUGGAAAAUGCGGUCAUGAAAUGGACCACGGUUUGCGGCGAGAUUUUGAAGCAAACUUCGCAACUGUGUUUCGCCAACGGUGCCAAACCGGUGCCGCAACAAGAAAUCGAAUUCUGGAAUGCACGAGUUAAAAACAUGGAGUCGAUUUAUGAUCAAUUGUGUGAUCCCAGAGUCAAGAAAAUGGGUGAAUACUUAGAAUUAACAAAAAGCACUUAUUCCAAGGCGUUCAAUAAUCUGUUCAAGGAAAUCGUAGCGGCUCUUGUUGAGGCAAGAGAUAUAUUGAAACAUCUUAAAGCAUUGGCGCCCUGUUUUGGAAAAUUUGACGAAAAUGAAUUUUUGGAAUGCGAACCCUAUGUCAAACCUUUGGUCCAUUGUGUUGGUUUGGUAUGGACCCAUUCAAAAUACUACGCACGCAGUGACCGAAUUGUGAUCCUAUUCAGAAUGAUUGUAAAUCUCCUAAUAGACUCGGCAGAAAGAACUUUAGAUCCUAGCAGUAUUUUUCAAGGUGAAGCCGACGAAAUGUACGAAAAGAUCAACGUGACCAUUCACAUUUUGGAAAAAUUCCAAGACGCUUUCGAAUACGUCCGAGAAAAUUUAGAUUCCUAUUAUAAACCGCCCAUUGAGCCAACUGACGAAGUCCCUGAGAAAAAGUCAUGGAAUUUCCACAGACGAAAUGUGUUUCAACGAUUACUAGAUUUCCUACAACGUUUGAACGUCAUUAAAACGAUUUUACAAACUUAUCUCGAUUUUUCAAAAUUGGAAAAAGUCGAAAUCGGCGGUAUUAAAGGCAGAUAUUUGUCAGCCAAAUGCCUAGAAAUAUUUGAGGAAUUUAAUAAAUCUUAUAAUUUAUUUCAAAAUAUUCAAUACGACGUUAUGGAUACGAAAGACGCUUCUUUGAUAAAAGAUUUUAAUAAUUUCCAAGAAAUUUGUGCCGAUUACGAUAAACGAUUGGCUGCCAUAUUCAGGCAAGCAUUCGACGAUUGUUUCAAUUUGGAAAACAUUUUCAAAUAUCUCAAUCUGGCGGCAAAUAUGUUUUCUAGGCCAUACAUUACCGAUUUGGUUACAGUCAAAUAUCCGGUUAUCACAGAAAUGUUUGAUAAGGAACUGAAUACGGUUAAAGAGCUUUAUGAUACUGCUAAAAAGGAGGGAGCACCUAUUGACAAAAAUUAUCCUCCUGUAGCUGGAACAAUUUUGUGGCUACAACGAUUAUAUUUGAGAAUUUCUAAGCCUGCUGAAGAGUUCAGAUUGAUUGAACAUGAAAUUCUGGAAGAAGAAUAUACACAGGUUGUUUUUAAAAAAUACGACGAAAUGAUACAAUUAUUAACAACAGAACAAACAAAUCUGUUACAAGAUUGGUUCGCAAAAGUUCCCGAGCAAAUCAGUCAUAGUAUGUCAAAAUUUCAAGUAGUUCGCGAUCAAAAUGAAAUGUUGCUACUGAAUUUCGAUGACCAACUACAAGCGAUUCUAAGGGAAAUGAAAUAUUUGAAAAAUAUGGACAUCGAAAAUCUACCUCCAGAGGCGAACGAAUUGUUUGAGAAAAGCGAAGAAUUGUUUUCGUCCAUUAUGAAAUUGAAACGAAUCGUUGAAUGGUAUAAUUAUUUGAUGCAAAAAACUACCCCCGAGGAGUUUAAUUUGAUUGAACCCGAUCUUUUGGGUAUUGAUGAGUUACUUUUGCAAGUAACAGAGCAAUAUACUUGGGAUACCAAUAAUAUCGACAUUAUACAAGAAAUUUUCAAUUCUACCAAAGAGUUGACCGACAGAGUGAAAAAGGCCCAGGCAAACGUUAAAAAUCUAAUAAACGGUAUAAACGCGUGGGGUCGCCAACUUUUAUUCGAACGUAAAGAUGGCAAAAAAGAAAACUUGCUUUAUCUUGAAGAUAGAAGCGAACGACUGCAAAAACGUCAAGAACAAGUGUUCGCCUCAUCCGAAGAACUUCAAAGAAUUGUCAAGGAAAAUUACGAAUUAUUCUUUCACGAACCUAUGGAGCCUGAACCUGAACCUGAACCUGACACUGCUUUGACAACGAAAACUGAACUAGCUGAUAAGAAAAAAGGCAAAAAAGAAAAACCGAAAAAAGUCAAGAAGCCAAAACCGGUUCAGAAAUCCCCAGAGGAACUGGCAUUAGAAGCCGAAGAAGCUGCUAGAUUAGAAGCGUUGGCCCAACAAAAAGAACGAAAACGAGAAAUGUGGAUUUUAUAUCUGCGAAAUCUUGAUAGUAUAAUUGAAAAACUAAUGGUGGACGCCGUAAAAUUAAAUCAAUUAUCGAUUCUGAAUGAAAUGGCCGACUAUACUCCAAGUCCUCUUUUGGAACUUGUUAUGGAACUACACGAACCUGUUAUAGUUUUUAUUCCUUCGAUUGAUUUGGAAGAACCAUCGAAUUUUAUUACAUUUGUAGAAGAUCUCUUGGAGGAUAUCUACAGCAUGUGUCGUCAAAUGACGUUCUCCGAUCCAGAAAAAGUAGGCGAAAACUAUCUAGAAUCGAUAAGAGAAGAUUCAGCAAUAGCACAAGAAAAAAACGACAUUUGCUCCAAAGUUAUGGAAGGAGUUGAUGCCGCCCACACGUACCAAAAAGAGUUUGAUGAAUACUAUACGUUGUGGGACGAAGACAGGCAAGAAGUUUUAAGACAAUUUUUACUUUAUGGCAGAACGCUUACGCCGGACGAAAUGGAUAGAGUUCAUGAGGAAGGUUCCGACGCUAUUAAAAUAAGCCCACCAACUAUAGCUCAGUUCAAGGAACAAAUUGAUUUUUAUGAGGAGUUGUAUAAGAAAGUUGAAAAAAUACCAAGUGAAAAAAUCCUAGUACCCUGGUUAUGCGUCGAUCUACGUCCUUUAAGGCAAGCUAUUUUAAAUACAGUUUGCAAAUGGGGAAAUUUGUUCAAGCAACAUCUUUACAAUCACGUUAUCGAAAGUUUGAAUAAUUUGGAGACAUUUAUUAAGGAAGCAGUGGCAGCGAUGCAGGUUCCACUCACAGAAGACGACUAUGACGGACUAUUGAAAGUCAUGGGCUAUCUGUUCAAAGUUAAAGAAAGACAAGUUGAGACUGACGCAAUGUUUGAGCCUCUCAAACAAAUUAUGGACUUGUUGAAAGAGUAUAAUGUCGAGUUUCCGGAAGAAGUUACUGUGCAGUUGCAAGAAAUUCCCGAUAAAUGGAUUCAUUGCAAAAAGGUUGCAGCCACAACAAAACAAACAGUAGGCCCAUUGCAAGCGCUCCAGGUCAACGCAAUCAAACGUCGUAUCAACCUUUUCGAAAUCCGCCAAAACAUGUACCGAGACCUAUUCAAAAGUCAGCGUUUCUUCUAUUGGGACUGUCCGAAAGUCUACACGCUUUUGGACAAAACGCACAGCGAAGCGGCCGAGCUGGAAGCCGAACGAGACAAGCUCGAAGAACAAUCCAAUCUUUUCGAACUCUCAUUUCCCGAGUUUAAAGCUAUAAAAGCUACGCGCAAAGAACUCAAGCAAGUAAAAGUAAUUUGGGACUUUAUUAUGGUCUGCCGCUCGUGCAUCGACGAAUGGAAAUUGACCCCGUGGAAGAAAAUUGACGUGGAAAACAUGGAAAUGGAAUGCAAAAAGUACGGCAAAGAAAUCAGGCAAAUGGAUAAGGAGAUUAAAGGCUGGGAUGCCUAUAUUCAAAUGGAUGCUACCAUUAAGAAUAUGUUGACGUCAUUGAGAGCUGUUACUGAGCUACAAAAUCCAGCUAUUAGAGACAGACAUUGGAUACAAUUGAUGCAGGCUACAAAAGUAAAAUUUGUCAUGAACGAUGACACGACCUUAAGCGAUCUGCUCGAUUUGAAUCUGCACGAAUUUGAAGACGAAGUUAAAAAUAUCGUUGAUAAAUCCGUGAAGGAAAUGGCCAUGGAGAAAGUCUUGAAAGAACUGAAUGCUACUUGGAAUGUUUUGGAAUUUGGUACCGAAGCUCACGAACGUACCAAGUUGAGAUUACUGACAGUCACCGAAGAAGUAAUAGAAACACUAGAAGAAAACCAAGUUGCGUUGCAGAAUAUGAUGACGUCGAAGUUUAUAGAUUUUUUCCUUGAAGAAGUAUCCGAUUGGCAAAAAAAAUUGGGCAACGCCGACCAAGUAAUACAAGUAUAUUUUGAUGUGCAACGUAAAUGGAUGUAUUUGGAAAGUAUCUUUAUCGGUUCGGAAGAUAUUAGAAGUCAAUUGCCGGAAGAUUCAAAGCGAUUUGAUAGGAUCGACAGGGAAUUCAAAGAUGUUUUGAGUGACAUGCUAAAGACACCAAACAUAGUAAAAGCAACUAACAAACAAGGGCUUUAUGAAAAAUUGGAAAGUUUGCUUAAAGAAUUGACGUUAUGUGAAAAGGCGUUAAACGAUUAUCUCGAAACUAAACGUCUAGCCUUUCCCAGAUUCUACUUCGUAUCAUCAGCUGAUUUAUUGGAUAUUUUAUCCAACGGCAAUCAACCUGAUCUAAUUCAACGGCAUUUAACCAAACUUUUCGACUCGUUGGCCAAGCUGGUGUUCAUACAGGAAGGCGGAAAAAAUAGUAAACGAGCAAAAGAAAUGAUUUCCAAGGAAAACGAGGAACACGUGACAUUCGCUAACGUUUGCGAUUGCAGCGGCAAAGUGGAACAGUGGCUCAAUCGCGUCAUUGACGUGAUGCGUUUGACUCUUCAUCAGUUGUUUGGGGAAGCUGUCAUCACUUAUGACGAGAAACCGAGAGAAUUGUGGAUUAAUGAUUAUCCUGCUCAACCUGCAUUAAUUGGUGAUCAAAUUUUCUACCCUAAUAACUGCUGUAGAUAG